CGCGAGUCGCGACUCGCCGAUUCAUCACCGCGCGUCGCCGCGGCGCGACGACGCGCGAGAGCGGAGAAAGGGCGCUCGAAUCGUCGAUCGCGAAUCGCGUCGAACGCGCGACGCGACCGACGCGCGCGACGCGCGCGACGCCGCGCGACGCGACGGCGCGGGACGCGCGAUCGACGCCCGGACGCGAAUCGACGGGAGGCGCGAGCGACGCGAGGAAACGUCGGCGACGCGCGCGAUGGCGCCGAACGACGGCGAACGAACGGCGUUCGCGCUGAAGAUCGCGCGAGGGCGCGUCGUGGAGGUGACGAAGACGAACGGGGAGACGAUCGAGGGGGUGUUCGCGGAGACGACGAAGAACGGCGGCGAGGCGACGAUCAAGUACGGAUGGACGAAACGCGAGGCGGGGGCGAAAGAGCGGGCGCAGAGGAGCAAACCGAUGGAAACGAUGGCGAUCGCGAUGGAUGAGAUCGCGAGCAUCACGGCGAGAGACGUGGGGAUGAGCGAUUUGGCGGUGGGGCCGAGUCGAAUGAACGACGACUUCACCGACGGCGGCAUCUCGAGAGGGGCGACGGGACAGGAUCGCGAACUCGUCGCGUGGGCGCCGGAAGAGGGCGAUGGAGCGAGUGGGAUGACGCUCGAGGAAGAGGCUGGGAUCGGGGCGAAGAAGGCGGCGGCGGCGGCGUGGGGGAAGAAAUCCGGCGGACAGUGGGACCAAUUCUCCGCCAAUAAGCAACUCUUCGGCGUCGACACCAAGUUUGACGAAUCCUUGUACACGACGACGAUCGAUAAGGCCAAGGGAGGGAUCUCCGAAGCCGAGGCCGCGCGCAUCGCGUACGAGAUUCAGAAUCAAAUCUCGGACAACCCGCACGUCGCGGAGGAACGUGGCCAAAAGGCGCUCGCGGAUUACGACGAAGAGGAACGAUACUCCUCGGUGUUGCCCACGCCGAAAGGCGCGGCGCCGCCGACGCCGGCGUGGGGCUCGGGCAAGGUGCCGAGCACCGUCGCGCAGCACGCGGAAAAGAAGCCCGCGGGUGAGAAGGCGAAGGACGUCGCCCAGCCCGCGGACGCGUCCAAGUCCAAGCUCAACGCCGACGCCAAGUCUUUCUCUCUCAGCGCCAAGGCGGCCGAGUUCGUGCCGACGUUCAAAAAGCCAGCCGCGCCGCAAGUGCCGCCCACGGGACCGCAAAUGAUGAUGUACCCGGGUAUCCCGCAAAUGCAAGGCCAAAUGAUGUACAUGCCGCAAAUGGGCAUGGGCGUUCCGCCGCAAAUGCGAGGCAUGAUGCCGGGUAUGCCGUACAUGCCGCAACAAGGCAUGGGCGUCCCGCACGGUGCGCCUCCCACACGACCACCCGAGGGUGAGAACUGAGCUCGCGUUCGCGUACACAACGAGCGAGUGCGUUCCAUAGGCGUCGCGCGCGCGCCAUCCGAAACCGUCAAACCGUCGACGCGCUCGCUCGACGUUUGAUUUUGUCCGUCUCCG